AUGACGGCGCUCCAUCUCCAAGACGUGGAUAACGACCUCAGAGGCCGUCUGGCCUUGGUGACAGGAGCCAGCGGUGGCAUCGGGUCGGCUUGCGCAAAAGCCCUAGCCGCCGAAGGCUGUGAUGUGGUUUUGCACUAUUCCUCCAGCAAGGGCAAGACCGAGUCUCUAGCGCAGCAGCUUAGCAAAACCCACCCGUCGCAGCUAUUCACCGUCGCGCAAGCCGAUCUCCAAGUCAGGGAGUCCGCGCGGUCCUUGGUCUCGACCAUCCUUGACAUGCCCGCCGUGGCCCCCAAGCACAAGGCCAUUUCCGUGCUGGUGGCUAAUGCAGGUCUCGGACGACGCAUUCGCGACAUAAGCAGCAUCGAGGAACAGGACUGGGAUGAGAUGAUGGAGGUGAACGUCAGGAGCCAGUUCGUCGUCACCAGGUCCUGCGUGGGCGGCAUGCGGCGUCAAGGCUGGGGGAGGGUGGUCCUCGUGGGGAGCAUCGCGAGCAGGGGAGGUGGCUUGAACGGGUGCCACUAUGCCGCUUCCAAAGGUGCUUUGACCUCCCUGGGUUUGAACUUGGCUACUCUACUUGCGCCGGAAGGUGUCACCGUCAACGUGGUGUCUCCAGCCAUGAUUGGGUCCACGGGCAUGAUUGCCUCGCCCAAGGGACGCACGUGGGACUCGGAUUGCGACUAUCAAGAGUUGAUGUCGUCAGACCCCGGACUUGCGGUUGCCAGCACCGUGCCAGUUCAUAGAUUAGGCACCCCUGAGGAGGUGGCCAAUGUGGUGGUCAUGUUUGCAAAGACUGGAUACAUGACGGGUCAGGAGAUCCUCCUUGCCGGAGGCCUAAAGUGA